AUGAUCAAUGGUUCGCUGCAUGGUUAUUUUGAAGCCAAAAGAGGGUUGCGACAAGGGGACCCAAUGUCACCUCUUAUUUUUGUACUGGGAAUGGAGUACCUCACUAGAAUUAUGAAAAGAGUUGGCCAGAAAUCUGAUUUUCUUUUUCAUGACAGAUGCAAAGAGCUGAAGCUGAAUCAUCUUAUUUUCGCAGAUGAUGUUUUACUGUUUUGCAAUGGAUUGCAGCCUAAUGCUUCCAAGUCUGCAAUAUAUUGCAGUGGGAUGAAUAAUAAUGAGGUACAACGCAUUCUGGAUGCUUCGGGCUUUAGAAAAAGUGAUGUCCCGUUCAACUAUUUAGGUAUUCCAAUCUGUGCUAAGCGAAUAUCUGCUAAGGAGUGUAGCUUGUUGGUGGAUAAAAUGACCAAUAGGAUCAGGUCCUGGAGUACAAGGAAUAUUUCAUUUGCGGGUCGGGCAGUUUUGAUUAAUUCUGUUCUACUCACAAUACACUCAUAUUGGAGCCAAAUCAUGUUGCUGCCUAAGAAGUUGCUAAAAGAAAUUGAGGCCAUUUGUAGAGCCUUCUUGUGGAAUGGCCAACAAAUGAUGACUGGAGCAGGGCAAAUUGCUUGGGACAGCAUAUGUAAGCCUAAAGCAGCAAGAGGUAUAGGCUUCAAGAACAUCUCUGAAUGGAACAAAGUAGCCAUGUUUAAGUAUGUUUGGGCUAUAGCGGCUAAAGAAGAUAAUAUGUGGGUUAAAUGGGUGCACAGUGUGUACAUAAAAGAAGAAGAUUGGUGGGGUUACAAUGCCCCGUUACAUGGUAGCUGGUAUUGGAGGAAGAUCGUAGCAAUCAAAGACAAAGUGAAGACACUUGUGGACUUAGCUCUAUUCACUCAAGAAAGCGAUUGUCUUCAACAGAUUAAGAGCUGGUUGCACUGGGGGAUUUCUUCUUGUCAGCUGCCUAGUAAUUUGCGGUUGAUUGGAAGAAUGAAGACAACAAAGUUCAGGAAAGUGGCUAUUUCAGCUAUUAUUACUGCACUGGUGUAUCACUUAUGGAGAGCCAGAAACGAAAGAAUUUGGCUUUCCUCCCUUGACAAUCCAAAAAGCAUUAUACAGAAGAUUAAAAUAGCUAGUAAGAAUAGAAUUCAAAGUGUCUGGCCAAAAAAAGUUUCUGCAAAGGACUUAGAAUGGUAUACUGUAUUAUAA